AUGUGGUUGAGGUACUCGCCAGCAGAGCGGACCAACGGCUGUAGCUUCACGCGUCUAACACAACGCACGUCUGAAAGCAGCAGCCUCUUCACGACGAACAGCAAAGUCUUCAAGGCUUCAGACGACGGAACAGACACCUCGGUGGCGUUUGGGUUGCAAGUGCGGCUUCUGGUGGCGGCUCAGACUCUUCUGGCAGUGGUGGCGGAGCUCGUGCUUGGGGGAAGGCACUGCGUCGUGAUUGUUGUGAGCGGGUGGAUUUGGACGGGGUUGCAGGCUGCUCAAGCGACGAAUUGGGGCUUCUUUGACAACCCCCCAGAUUUCUAUGCGCUGGGGCAGCAAUAUCCAGAGUUCAAGCAGUAG